AUGGGCUGGCAAAAUCAGUCGCGGGUAGGUUUUCAAGUCGCGUCUCCACACUUCAAGAGCACACAAUCGAAAAACAGACCGAUUCCGGAGGCUCAGCGGAAAUUCGACGCACCUCCUGGCAACAUCACUGCGAGAGGCGUGUCUGGAAUCUUUAGCCAGGCCAUCAACGAUGUAAUUCUCGGUUUCUUAUUUUCAUCAAUCUUGCUCUCGAUCGCGAAUAAGGUGAAGCUCAUCGCUUCCGACUGGUUCGGAAGUGAAGGUUCGCACGGUAUCAACUUCAUAAAGGAAGUGCAUGAGCCCUACCGAGAUGUCGAAUACUACGAUAAAGACCAUCCCGAAGAGGGACCGUAUGACCCCGAGGACGACGACGCUGAAGGAAUGUUCGAUGACGACCUCGACGGAUUCGACUUCCCAGAAAAUGAAUACAACGAUGAACCUCAAGCCGUGGACGAACAGGCGGCGCCGAUGACGGAAGGGAAUCCCCUAGCGGGAACGCCGCCGGAUGCACAGACGGUCCCGGAGAUCGGCGUUCUACCUGAACCUGGAAAUUCUAGACAGUCUCCGUAGGAGCCCCCCUUCCCGCCCCCAUUGGUCAAGAUGACGUAGCCGGAGGUUGAUGUCCCGUUAUUUUGGGAUAGUGCUCGAUCGCGGAUCUGCGAAUCGUGUGUGCCUGGCCGGCCGUUGAUAGCAUGAGACAUGCCUUUGAGAUUGUGACCCGUCGAAAGAAAGAGGCAAAUACCAUCUGUCAUUUGCGCCGGCGGUGAUGAAAACGGCAACCAAUCCAGAUCGUAAUAUAAUGGAUUCAGUAUUUGUCGUAUACGCUGCAUUGAA